AUGCAUGUCCGGAAUGACCCGGAAAAGGGACUCGAUUUGUUGAUUGAAUUUCUAAAAGAGUUCUUUCCCUUACCUGCUAUUCCUAGAAGUAGUCAUGAGUCCAAAAAAGUCAUCAAGGAUUUGGGUCUUGGGUAUGAAAAAAUUCAUAGUUGCCCUAAUGACUGCAUGCUGUAUUGGGAGCUUAAUGAACAUCAACAAUCUUGUCAUGUGUGUGGCCGUUCUCGCUGGGUGUCGAAUGAUCCCGAACAUUCUGUGGAUGGUGAUGGUGAUACCGUUCGUAAGAGACCUGCAAAGGUAUUACGGUAUUUCCCUCUAAUACCACGACUGCAGAGGAUUUUCAUGUCUUCUAAGACUUCAGAUGAUAUGGUUUGGCAUGUUGUUGGUCGAACAAAUGAUGGCCGUUUGAGACACCCCCGCCGAUGCUCGUGCAUGGAAAUCUUUUUGAUGCAAGAUAUCCAGAUUUUUGCUUGUGAACCACGUAAAAUGUUAGGGCUUUGGGCUUUCCUCGAUGGAUUUAACCCAUUCAAGAUUUUUAAGUACUUUUAUAGUACUUGGCCAGUAGUCUUGAUUCCUUAUAAUUUGCCACCAUGGAUUGGGAUGAAGCAACCUUCUUUCAUCUUAUCAAUGAUUAUUCCAGGCGACAAAGGUCCUGGAAAUGAUAUCGACAUCUACUUGCAACCUCUCAUUAAAGAGUUAAAGCAAUUGUGGGUCGGUGUUGAGACAUUUGAUGCAUCAGUGAGAAAGAAUUUUCAGCUUAGGGCUGUUUUAUUAUGGACUAUCAAUGAUUUUCCUGCUUACGCAAAUUUAUCAAGUUGGAGCACCAAAGGAAACUUGAGAUGCGUGGAGCUCCUCCCGGCUACUCGGAUCGAUAUUUUGUUAAUGUUAAAAUACUUGCAAUUUACAUAUGGAAAAGGGAUGAAGAGUGAUUUGAAGAAAUCAAAAUCUACUUCUACAUCAGUGAAGAGACGACAUCAAGAGCCCAAUGUUGACAUCGACAAUGAUGCGGAUGAGGUAGAGGAAGAUGAAUCACAUGUGGCAAUACUAUGGAAGAAGCGAUCCAUUUUCUUUGAAUUACCUUAUUGGGAGCAUAAUCUAUUGCGGCACAAUCUUGACCUCAUGCACAUUGAAAAAAAUAUUUGUGAAAAUAUUGUUGGCACAAUUCUUAAUGUGGAUGGGAAAUCUAAAGACAAUUUAAAAAGCAGACUGGAUUUGGUGGAAAUGGGUAUUCGUCGAGAGCUUCAUCCUGAAUAUCUUUCCAAUGGAAAUACAAGACUACCACCGGCAUCCUUUUCUAUGUCCAAUGCUGAAAAAGAUCUCUUUUGUCAUGUACUGAGGAAUAUAAAAGUCCCAUAUGCAUACUCUUCAAAUAUUUCCAAAGCUGUGAAUGCGAAAGAACGAAAACUUCAAGGGUUAAAAUCUCAUGACUAUCAUAUAUUACUACAUGAUUUGUUUCCAAUUGCUUUGCGAUCAUCCAUGUCCAAACAAGUGACUCUUGCCAUUUCGUAA